GAUUCCACAUAUAGGUGAUGGCAUGUGACUUUGUGUCCCACUGUCUGACUGACUGCGCUUCACAUGAUACUUUCUAGGUCCAUCCAUGUUGCUGCAAAUGCCAUUAGUUCAUUCCUUUUAAUGGCUGACUAGUAUUCCAUUGUAUAUAUGGACCACAUCUUUUUAUCCACUUCUCCGCCGAUGGACAUUUAGGUUGCUUCCAUGUCAUGGGUAUUGUAUAUAGUGCUGCAGUGAACACACCGGUACAUGUGUCUUUUCUAGGCAUGGUUUGCUCUGGAUAGAUGCGCAGGAGUGGGAUUGCUGGAUCAAAUGAUAAUUCUAUUUGUAGUUUUUUGAGGAUGCUCCAUACUUUUCCAUAGCGGUUGCACCAAUUUCAUGUGUGUUAUCUCGUUUAGCUUUGACUCAUUUAAGUAAAGCGGAAAGGGGGGAUUUGAGCCCCACAUAGAAGGAAUGGAGUCCUUAUUCCUCUACUAACUGUUCUCUCAGAGCAGGGGUUAGUCUGGCCCACUACCUAAUUUGUAGUGCCUGUGAGCCAAAAAUGGUUUUGAGGCUUUUAAGUGCUUGAACUUAAAAAAAAAAAAAAAAUCAAAAGAAGAAUAACACUUCAUGACAAGCAAAAGUUACGUGAAAUUCAAAUUGCAGUAACCAUAGUGAAAGUUGUACUGAAACAGCUGCGCCCGUUUACUUACAGGUUGCCUCUGGCUCUUUGGUUGCUGCCCAGGCCCCUGGAGCAGCCUCCACAGAGAACACCUGCAAAGCGGUGUUUACUAUCUGGCCCUUUACCGACUCCUGUUUUAGAGGAGGCACUUUCGGUCCUUUUUCAAAACCAGGCAAUGAGCUUUCGGGUGUUUACAGAACAGAAACCGCGCAGUGGCUUCUGCACCCCCCACGCGCCCCUGGGAAAACUCUCUAAACUCCCGCCCCUUUGUAAGGGGCCAACAGCGGGCAACUAGCCAUCGUGUACCGCUCAGGACCUGCCAAGCUCAUUUAAUUCUCACCACAGCCCCCACCAGGUUGUAUUGAAUUAUCAUCGCCAUCUCCAUUUUACAGUGGAGGAACCCGGGGCCCAGAGAGGCCAAGCCACCUGCCCUAGGUCACGCAGCUGGAAGUGGUGGAGGGCGCAUUGGAACCCUUGUAACCAAGCUCCGUGGGCUGCUUACCCGGCGGACUCCAGACUUUAGACCCACGAAGAGGAAGUACUUUUGAAGUCAGGGUCUCGAUGGGUCCUGAAGUACAGACACCUCCUCCAUGAGCUUCCUGUGCUCUCCAAGGGGACUUCAUGAGAAUGCUCAGAUGUCUUCCCAUUUCACUUGGGCCUGAACUUCAGGGGUAGAUGGGUCUUUGAAUUUGAUGACCCGCCAAGAUCCCUUUCAGUACCAAGAUCUUUGUCAUGUUCAGCCUCUACAGCUCAGCCUCCCACCACUUUCUGUUCAGCCGUGCACAUGGCGGCCUCCAAGGUGGUUAUGCUCUCGGUGCUCAGCCGGGAGCAGGCGGAAGGGGUCGGAGCCCGGGUCCGCAGAAGCAUCGGCCGACCUGAGUUAAAAAACCUGGAUCCGUUUUUACUGUUUGAUGAAUUUAAAGGUGGUAGACCAGGCGGAUUUCCUGAUCACCCACACCGAGGCUUUGAAACAGUGUCUUACCUCCUGGAAGGGGGUAGCAUGGCCCACGAAGACUUCUGUGGACAUGCUGGUCAGUUGAACCCAGGAGACCUGCAGUGGAUGACCGCCGGCCGGGGCAUCGUGCACGCCGAGAUGCCCUGCUCGGAGGAGCCAGUCCAUGGCCUACAACUGUGGGUGAAUUUGAGGAGCUCUCAGAAGAUGGUGGAGCCACGCUACCAGGAACUGAAAAGUAAAGAAAUCCCUAAACCCAGUCAGGAUGGUGUGACCGUGGCCGUCAUUUCGGGAGAAGCCCUGGGAGUCAAGUCCAAGAUUUACACUCACACACCAACCUUAUAUUUGGACUUCAAAUUGGACCAAGGAGCAAAGCAUUCCCAGCCUAUUCCUAAAGGGUGGACAAGCUUCAUUUAUACCAUAUCUGGAAAUGUAUAUAUUGGGCCUGAUAAUGCGCAGCAAAAAAUAGAACCUCAUCACACAGCCGUGCUGGGAGAAGGUGACAGUGUCCAGGUGGAGAACAAGGACCCUGAGAGAAGCCACUUCGUCCUGAUUGCCGGAGAGCCAUUAAAAGAACCAGUUGUCCAACAUGGUCCAUUUGUGAUGAACACAGAUGAAGAGAUUUCUCAGGCCAUUCUUGAUUUCAGAAAUGCGAAAAAUGGCUUUGAAAGAGCCAAAACCUGGAAAUCAAAGAUUGGAAACCAGUGACAAGCACGAGGGCAGGUCUGGCUGCCUUCUAGAAUUUUGCCAUUUGUGGCAUCCACCCAUUCGACACGUCCAAUUUUCAAAGCUGGCUUCGCCAGUGCUUCUCAAGAAUUUCACUCUAAAGUGAUGAUAUGAUUUCUAUAGCAAUGUAUGUGAGCUAUUUCCUGGCACAAGCAAAUAAACCUAAUUGUUGCUUCUUUAAAAA